CAAACACACGCAGCUGUUGUUUAAUUGAAAAAAAAAAAAAAAAUUAAUUCCGGAACACCAGGAGCGCAAAAGUCUGCUUUGCACAAUGUACUCGUUUGCCUUCUGGAAGCCGGAGGUGGAGAAAGACACGCCCGAUAUGGUAUCGCCGAUCUGGAAGGACUUGAAUGAUACAUUUCUAGCGGUUCUCAGCUGGAGCUGGCUGAUCUACACCAUAGCCGUGGUUAUCAUCAGCAUUUGUGUAUAUUUUGCUUACUGCGAGCGUUGUCGACGCACGGAAUAUGUACGCCGUAGGCGAGUAAUUCAACGCGCCCAGGAAAGACCCCCACAGAAGCGACGACCCAAUGCUGCCUAUCGCGACCAUCAGAUAUAUCGGCACAUAAUACUGAGUGUGGCCAAAUAUAUGAAGGAUCCCGCCGGCAUACGUCCGUUCAUCGAUCACAUGGAUCAGCUCUAUCCCAUGAGACAAGUGCCAAAUGACGAGCAAUCACUGCCAGAGCUUCCUGCCGAUGAGGCUGCCAUGGCACUGGCUAUGAGCGAGGACUGAGGACUGCGGCGAUGGCUAGUAUCUGAGCACAGCUCUGAUUUUUGCGUACACCUCCAGGGCUAUCCACAUUGGAAAAUCGCUCCUCAAUCAAAAUUGUAAUAUUUCGGACCUGCACACACUUAAAUUGCUCGCCAAACCUACUCUCCUCUGGAGGCGGUACAUGCGCAAUAGUAAAUGGCCUCCUCAGUUUGUUUGCAUCCCAAAAAGUAUACAAUGCCUAUUUGCCCACACAAGCGCCUCUUCCAAUCUAUCACAUAUUUGUAGCUACGCGCUGGAAACGAUGCCAUAAAUAUGUACACAUAUAAACAAAUACCAUGUGCCAUGUGCACCGCCUAAGCUUUUUCCGCAAGCGAGCUUUGGGCAAGUUUACACGGCCAUACAGGUUUCGUCCAAAUUUUCUGAAACACAUUGUCGUUCAUUUUUCGGGAAAAAUAAAAAAAAAUAUAUAUAAAAAAA